AUGACUGACACUGCAAAAUUUGUGCAGUUUGGACUUAGCGCAUUCUACAACAAUAUCCCAAUCCAUGACAAUGCCGGUGACUGGUUCAAAUGGAACCAGAAGGUCAACCAGUUCAUUCGAAUGUCUCCUGUUGCCGACGAUGAGGUGGUGCCGCCAAUAGAGGAGGACGAGGCACGACAGUGGACCCAUCGCCAAAAGUUUUACUCGGCAAUGAUAACAGCGAAAUUGACACACAACGCCGCGCAGAGGAUCAACGCCUUCGAGAUCUCACAAGUCCAGUUGCUCAUCCAGGCCGUUAAAGACCAUUUCAAACCGGAAGGCACUGGCACAUACGUGAAUCUCCAGCGGCGUGUGGGAGCAUUGGGCGCCGAGAUCCGGAAGAUUCAUGCUGAAAAGCUUCUCCUUGACCCCGACUGUGCUACAUCCGAAAUUGAGCGAACAUUCUUCUUCAUGCACGCACUUGGUCCCGAGUACGAGAGCUUCCGUGACCAUAUUUUUCGACAAAUGGACCUUGUUAAUGAAAGGGACGCUAACGGUACCAUUACGAAAGCGGCGCCCACGUUCGACUAUAUCGAGAACAAGGCUAUUGAGGAAGAACAUCGGAAGGGGCAGUUGGGCAAACAACCCAUUGACGGGCAAACGCUUCCUGCCCUCGCUCUCAUCCGCGGGCCCGGUAACAAGAAACCCAUACCGUCACUGGACGGGACGACAUGUCGAAUCGAGAUCGAUAACGUCCCGUACUGCCCCUUCUGUCGGAAACCAUAUCACGUGGACUCUGAAUGCUUCCGCAAGAAUCCAAAACGGAAGGAUCAGACAAAAGAGGGAAGGAGUCACAAGGAAAGACCAAGCAGUUCGCAUACGGGCGCCCGCAAGCCGUUGAAGAGACGGCCCUCCACUGAUGAUGAAGCUGACGAUGCGGUUGGCCCAAAGGACCGAUACUACCGUAACAUGGCAGUUCAAAGCUGUAACGGAAAACGAGCCCACAUGCGAGACGGACGGCGGCCCCGCUGCAGGCCGGUGAGUCCGUCUUGUCCGUAA